AUCGAAUCUGAAUCUGUGUUCUGUGUGUUUGUUUUGGUCUGAAUCGCAUCACACCAAUCGUCUCACUCUCUCAUCGCACCGAUCUACUCACGGAUCUGAAUCUGUGUUCUGUGUGUUUGUUUUGGUCUGAAUCGCAUCACACCGAUCGUCUCACUCUCUCAUCGCACCGAUCUACUCACGGGAAAUAAAAUGACAUGGAAAGAUGGAGAGAACAAUCUGCUGAUUGAGCCAAAUGAAAUCAAAUGUUUGAACACAGUAAGCAAUUUAAACGAUGAUGCAGACUCCAUCUACGAGCUUUAUGCGCAACCAGACCUACACAAGCCCGGUUCAGUCUGGAAAGACAUUGUUUUGGUACCUUCAAGAGCCAGCCUUCAAAUGGAGCUUAAGACUGCCAUUCAAAAAGUAGAAAAUUUAAAUAAAUAAAUAAAUAAAUAGUUUUUGCUGGGGUUAGAUCCACUGAGUUUCACCCACAUAUAUAUACACAAACCUCCUCAGAAGCCCUAGCUGCGUCUCAUCGUUCCUCUUCAGAUUAGGGUUUGCCGAUUCUUUCUCCAGCCAUGGCGGAUGUUGAAAUUGAGAUAGCAGCAGGACAACCGAAGAAGAGGACAUUCAAGAAGUUCAGUUUCAGGGGCGUCGAUUUGGACGCUUUGCUCGAUAUGUCCACAGAUGAGCUUGUUAAGCUCUUUACCGCUCGAGCUCGCAGAAGGUUUCAGAGAGGUCUGAAGAGGAAGCCCAUGGCCUUGAUCAAGAAACUCCGCAAAGCG